GAGAUCAAGACAUGAUGAAGCUGCUACUGCUGGCCUUUGCUUUGGGGUGUGCAGGAGGAUGGAGCGUUGUUGCAGGAAGUUUCCCAACCCCACUCCAGACCCUGACAGGUCUACCUGUGGAACACUAAGAGGGGCUGGUAUGGGGAGGGAAGGUGUAGUGGUGUCCUCAUCAACGAGUGGUGGGUGCUUACCACCUGGAACUGCUUUGUCGAACCUGGCCACACUAUGGUUUCUCUGGGGGAGCAUGACGUGACAGUGGAGGAAGGGACAGAGCAGCACAUCCGGGUGGCCAGAUAUGUGCAGCACGGGCCAUAAGCACGAGGUCCCUCUCACAGCCUGGCAAUGGUGAAGCUGGCAGAGCCUGCCUGGUUCACUCAGCAUGUCAUGCCCGUAGCCCUACCCACAUGCUGCACUCAGCUCCACGAGAAGUGUCUGGUCAGCGGCUGGGGCUCCACCGUACCGGGACAGGACGAGCCCAAACUAAUCCUGAAGUGUGAAACACAGCGGGUCAUUGAGGUCAAGAUGUGCCAGAUAGCCUUUCCUCUUUAUUGGAUUGAACACGCUUUCUGUGCUAAAACCAUCAUCUCAACCGACAACUGCCUGUCUGACCAGGGCAGUACUGUGGUGUGUGGGGGUGAGCUAAAGGGGUUGUUCUGGUCCGGUUCUUCUGACGUUGGUUUGUACACCCGCCUGUGCUUGUACCUUGACUGGAUGAGUGACAUCAUGAACACCCCUGAUCCUACACCUGAACCUGUGUGGACCACCGCAGCAGCAGCUACAACAUGGUGAUUGAAAAGAAAAACAAAGUGAUAUGUACUGAAAUGUUCUGUUCACCUGCCCCAUUGAUUCUAUCAUAUCCGGUAUGCAUUUUUUUCAUUCACCAGCAGAGGGCGACAUAGACCAGUAAUACUGGCCUAUCACAAACCUCUGAGAAAUUUCUUGGCUAUAACAUGUCACACAUAUACAUAUUUUACCAAGCAAUUGGAAUUGGACACCCCAAAGUGUCUUUCCUGAAGAUAAAUCCUCCUACCAUGCAGUCGUUUGUCCUGGGAUAUGUAGUUCUUUUAAUCACCAGCAGAUGGCAAUGUAGACUAAUAAUAGUCCGUUUGAGCACGAAAGAGCUGCACAAUCAAUGUAAAGAGACACAGAUUGAAAAAAGGAGAUAUAGGAUA